AUGGCUAACAUAGGAGGUAAAGUAGCUGAAAAGUUUCGUGAUGUAUUCCGUGUCCCACACAAAGAGAAACUGCAGUGGUUCCCUGGGCAUAUGAACAGAGGCUUAAAGCAAAUGCAGAAACAUUUGAAGAAUGUAGAUUGUGUGAUAGAGGUGCAUGAUGCGAGAAUUCCGAUUUCUGGAAGAAAUCCCAACUUCAGACAUACCGUAACUGGAAUCAAGCCUCACAUAUUUGUUCUUAAUAAAAUAGACCUUGCUGAUAACAGGUGCACUGAAAUGACAAAAAAGUCCCUCCAGCAGGAGGGAUUUUCUCAUGUUCUUUUUACCAAUUUCAAGAAUCAACAGUGUCAGGGAAUGAAGGGAAUAUUACCACUUGCCAUAGAUUUAAUCAAUAAUACAAAUCGCUACAAUAGAUCAAAUCAGGAAGACUUUGCAAUAAUGGUUAUUGGUGUACCGAACGUUGGGAAGUCUUCAUUAAUCAAUAGGCUAAGAAAUAAGCACCUUGGUAAAGCAAAUGCAACUGCAGUUGGUGCAGUGGCUGGUAUAACUCGAUCAGUACUGACAAGAAUAAAGAUUAAGGAAACACCUCCGGUAUAUUUGUUAGAUACUCCUGGAGUUUUGACUCCGAAUGUACCAAACGUGGAAAUUGGAUUAAAACUAGCAUUGGUAAGCUGUUUGCAAGAUCAUUUGGUUGGCCCAGAUGUUAUUGCAGAUUACUUGUUAUACUGGUUGAACAAAAAUCGCAGAUUUGAAUAUGUUGAUAAAUUGGGAUUGUCAGAUCCUUGUGAUGAUAUACUUGAGGUUCUUACAUUGAGUGCAGUAAAGUUACAGAAAACUAAGAAAAUUAGGCAGCACGAUAAUCAAAUAGUUAUUUGCCCAGACAUUCAGGCUGCAGCUCAGAAUUUUUUGAAGAUAUUUAGGUCUGGUGAACUUGGGCCUGUUUGUUUAGAUGCAGAUAUUCUGCAAAAUCGUACUAAUUCCUGAGUAAUAAUGUAGGGUAUAUCUGUUACAAGCUUAUUAUAAAACUAGAUACAAGACCAGAAGUGAUGUCAUUUAGUAUAACAUAAACUAGAAGAUCACGGGAUAAAAUUAUUGUGUACCGCACUUCAUUUGUAACAUUUACUAGUUCUAUAUAAUUUUUUUUUUAAUUUGUAAAAAGUGUAAAUAAAUACUAAAAUUGAUGACGA